AUGGAGACAAAUCCAGACUUUUCAGCCCUUAUAAACGAGACGAGGAAAGUGCUGUGCAUUUCUGAACAGGAGAAGCCUCUUCACAGACUCUCCCCAAGAUCCCACCUGAAUAGAUCAGAGAUGGCCCAGAAAAGCCGCCUACCUGCCCCUUAUGGAGUACCUGUCCUUGCAGUUUUACUUUUGCCAUGUCUAGUCACAGGUGUGGAGCUGGCUAUAAACAAUAGUUCUGAUAACCAAAUACUAUCCACAAAGCCCGGCCGUAACGAGUCCCUGUGGUGCACUGUACGUAACAACAGCAGGGCGGAGGAAUUACGCUGGUACCGAGGAGACGGGACUGUGAACUUAAAAGAUGGAAAUAAAAUGAAUACCACUAACAUCUGCAUACUUCCAGUCUCUAAGACCGACAAUGGAGUCAGCUUUACCUGCAAGCUGGUGCGGAACGAGUCCAUUCAGAUCUCGGUGACUCUGGAUGUCCAGUUUCCCCCUCUCCUAACUGGGGAAGACCCUCCUCCAGUAGAAGAAAAGAAUGAUGUGAAGCUGACUUGCAAUGUGAAUUCCAACCCUCAAGCUGAAAUGGUUUGGUAUAAAGACAACAGCACCCUGACCCUGAAGAAAGAGCGCUAUCAGAUAUACCAUACUAGUGAGGUCUUCCAGCUGACUAUCAAGAAAGUAGAAAAAUCUGACAAUGGAACAUACACUUGUGAGGCUAAAUCUGUUCUCGGAGAGAUGAGAAAGGAGUUCCACCUGACAGUUGAAGAUAGAAAACCGGUUUUUCCCUUGGAGGCCAUUAUUGCUGCCAUCGUGGUGGUUUUACUCACUGUCAUUUUUGGAAUUGUGGCUCGAAGAGAAAAAAUAUUUAAGUGCUUCAAAAAGACAAAAGAAACACCAAGUGAAACAGCUCUGUAA